AUGAGUACAGCAACAACUCUAGGAUGCGAAGGCUUCAGUGCUAAAUCCAUUGCUCUGCAGUCGAUUACCAGAGAACAGGAUGCACAAACGGAUCCUUAUUCCCCCCCGUAUGUUUGCGCGGAUGGGCCUCAACCUGAAGAAUUGGCGUUAUCACAGCUGUGCUGGUCAAGUGGCCUUCCUGCAACAACUCGAGAAAUCCGAGCUAUUCAAGAAAUGCAGCUGCAGAGACGGCUUGAUUUAGUGCUUCCACCCCCGACCGAUGAGUUCUGUCUGGCAAUCCGCACAGCCUUAAUGGAGCGCCAAGAGCUUUUAAAGUGGGCUCAAAGAGAACGGGACAUUCGUGAGUUGCAGGCUUUGGAGCGCACAGCAGCGACUCUGCAGAGAGAAGUGGCAGCCGAGUUACUUACUGGGACAUCCCUGCAGCUACAGAUUGACCUGGCAGCUGCCCCUCCGGCGUUCUCCGCUUCAGAAGGGAGUUCAGUUGCAGCUCGCCGACUAGUGCCAAUGGAAGAGGAGCUUGAUGCCAAGGCUGUGCUACUUCUGCAGCAAUUGCUGCGUGCAGCUACUAGGCGUCAUUUAAUGUUCAAGGGAAAGGAAAAGAAUCUCGAUCUCGUAAAUAUGCUUCGAGCUGCGGAGCAGCUGCAGGAUGUGCCCCCAAGACAGCAAGCAGACGCAGUGGAUGAGCAGACAGCGUUGGAGGCAGCUGAGGUCCUAAUGGCUUCGGCUCAAGGCAUGGCUAUAGCUGAAAUGCUUGACGAGCUGGCAAAGGAACAAAGGCGCAUGGAGGAAGUGCAGCGCAUUUCGGCCCUUGCUCAUUUGGCUGUGCGGGAGAGACGCCUACGGGAGGCACAGGAGUCAGGAACUCGACAAGCCGAGGAAAUGCUUCGAGAAAGGGAGAAUCUGGCGUUUCAGAAUGCAAUGGGCAUCAACAAUCAAACAAUCGAUUCUUACCUUCAAGCUAUUAUUGAAAAGGCUGGGGCAGGAAAUGCACAAGAAGAGGCUCUUUUGGAGGUUUGUCUGCAUUCCGAGCAUUUGGGAAGUGUUGUUGAUGAUUUGCAAGAGGGUCAAGAAGAACCACAGAUCAUUGUAGGGGAGCUUGUUAGGGGUCUCCUUAUGCCAAGCCUUGCAAGCCAGUGUCAACGAAGGGACGAGCAAAUUGAAGAUCAUAAGUUCCGGGUGGCGGCUCGCCUUGCAGUAGAGGAAACAGUCGUGGGUGCCUUAGGCGAUGGAGCUCUUAAAGUACAUAAUAAAGCACAUGACGACGGCAAGACAUAUUAA